CGCAUUUCCCCCUUCCGGCAAAUGACAGCAUCCAAACCUGUUGAGCAACCAUGAUAAGUCCCUCAUAGUGCAUCGACACAGAGGAGCGCCCUCCUGGCCAGUCAAUCUGAGCCAUCCCCUCCAUCAUCGCAUUUCGGACUGCCUUACGCGGCGCCACGGAGGCUUUGGACAUCACCCCCGCAUUGGCAUGUUUACGAAUACUACCCCGCUCACUGGCCAAGACCUGUCAAACGAGGCUGCAUCAAAUGUGGUAGACUGGAAUAGGUCGAAAGUACUGUACAGGACUGUACAUGAGUACUACAAAUGACCUCAUUUAUGGACAGCUGGCGCCAGUGUCGUGUGGUCCAGUCUCCCAAGCACGAGGAGGCGACAAAUCGCGCGACUAGUUGACUUUGCAACAUGGAAUGCUCUAGCACCUGGCUGUCUCUGCCACGCCUUGGCACGUUCCUGUUAUCCAUCGGGGCCAUCAUGUCAUCUCAGCACUUACCAUGGUCCCCGGGAAGUUAUUCUCCUCAGCCACAACGUAGCGUUGGUGCUGGUGGAGGAGAUAGUGGGCCCCAGAUAUGUGGCUGAGUCUGUGACGCAGGGGUCGGAGACUCGGAGCCCUACCAGGCGGGAAUAGCGUUGACGAUGAGA